UGGUCUUCUAUUCCUCGUAAUUUCUCUGCUCCUUCCAUAGAAGAUACACACGCACGCGCUUGCCUAUAUAAAUACACGCGCAUACCAUGCUUUUUAUAUGAUUCUCUUCUGACCCGCACUUUCAGAACCAGCAGGCUUCUUUCACUUCAGCGUUUUUGAAUUAAGAAAUGGGACAAGCUUUGGGUUGUAUUCAAGUGGACCAGUCCACUGUUGCUAUCAAAGAAACUUUUGGGAAGUUUGAUGAUGUGCUUGAACCUGGUUGUCACUGUCUGCCUUGGUGUUUGGGGAGCCAGGUCGCUGGUCACCUUACUUUACGUGUACAACAGCUCGAUGUUCGAUGUGAAACAAAAACCAAGGACAAUGUGUUUGUUAAUGUGGUUGCAUCCAUUCAGUACAGAGCCUUGGCUGAUAAAGCUUCAGAUGCUUUCUACAGGCUCAGCAAUACCAGAUCACAGAUACAAGCCUAUGUCUUUGAUGUUAUUAGGGCAAGUGUUCCAAAGCUGGACCUGGAUGCAACCUUUGAACAGAAAAAUGACAUAGCAAAAGCUGUGGAAGAAGAACUAGAGAAGGCCAUGUCACAUUAUGGAUACGAGAUAGUUCAAACUCUUAUUGUGGACAUUGAACCUGAUGAGCAUGUAAAGAGAGCAAUGAAUGAAAUCAAUGCAGCUGCCAGGAUGAGGUUGGCUGCAAACGAGAAAGCUGAGGCAGAGAAAAUACUGCAAAUCAAGCGUGCUGAGGGAGAUGCAGAAUCAAAGUAUUUGGCAGGGCUUGGUAUUGCUCGUCAGCGGCAGGCGAUUGUUGAUGGGCUAAGGGACAGUGUGCUAGCCUUUUCUGUGAAUGUACCAGGCACAACGUCAAAGGAUGUCAUGGACAUGGUUCUAGUCACUCAAUAUUUUGAUACCAUGAAGGAAAUCGGUGCAUCCUCAAAGUCAAACUCUGUUUUCAUCCCACAUGGACCCGGUGCUGUGAAGGACAUUGCAUCACAGAUAAGAGAAGGUCUCCUUCAGGCCAGUGCUACGACUCAGUAGUGUUCUAAUCAGGCAAUAUGUUUGUCUGAGUAAAAAAUUGAUGAUAAUAAGUUAAGUUUGGUUGAAUUUUCG